AUGCCGCCUCGAAGCACAGGCAGCCGUGCCGGGACGUCUGCAGCGACAGGUGGCCUAAUUGCUGCAGCGACUGCGUCAUCGAAGCCUACGAUGUCUGGUCUCGAGCAAGGCAAAGGCAGCGGCAGCGGCAGCGGCCAGGCUCCGAGCGGUGGAGGCAGCGGGAGCCACAGCGGCUUUCGCAAGCGGAAGAACCAUCGGGCGGGAAAGAAGAAGCGUCGCAAGUCGUUCAACGUGAGCGCAGGCGACGACGUGCACGGAGACGAGGGCAACAUGGCGGACGACCCGCUGAAGGACACGGCACAGAUGGCAUCGCGCGACGACUUCUACGGCAUAUCCGGCGGCAAUCUCAGCAGUGGCAGCGUCGAGAGCGCGAACCUGCACGACCACAGAGACCAGACACCGUUUCUGCGUGCUCGACGGCCGUCGUUGGCCACGACGUCGACACGGCCGCGUGGGAGCACGGGCGCACCGCUGCUGUCGCAGUCGCAGUCGCUGCUCGCACAGCGCAACCGACGAGAGGCCGGGUACGGGGCGAUGGACACGCGCGAAAGCGGCCGUCGCAGCCGACCGCCGAGCCAGCGAGCAUCAAGCCAAUCGAGCGCACGGAAGACAGCCUUUCUCAAUCCCUUUGGCAUGACGCCUGGCGGCGAGAGCAGUUACAACAUCAACUACCCGCCAUCGAUGCCGGGAAGCCCGCGGGUGCGGCCAUUGGACCGGCUCGGCCACAACAACCUCAGCUUCGGCGACGAGAUGCUGCGGGAGGAGAUGGGCAACGGUGGCAGCCAGCAACAACAACAGCAGCAGCAACAACAGCAGCAACAACGACAUGGACGACAAGAGCGACAGGAAUGGCAUGAUCACCUGAUGGUGCCGGUGUCGAUGUCGCGGUCGCCGCCCAUAUCCCGUGGCAGCAUGAACAUUAUGGGAGACAGAGAGAGAGAUGGCCGUGGCGACUACAACAACUACGACGACUACGGCAACAGCACGGAGGCGCAGACGAUGCAGCCUUCGCCGAUGAGCCGGCGGCGCACGUCGGUGCUGGAGGCGGCGGAGGCAGAGGCGGACGUGUGCUUCCCACAGGAGGGCCUUUCAGAGAUCGCCGAGGACGAGCACGAGCAGCAAGACAGCCGGGACCUGUCACCGAAUCGGACGCGGCCAAACCGACGUCGGCGAAUCAAGUGGCCAGACCUGGCCGUCUUAGAGGAGUGGAGCCAGUUUGAGCUGGGGCACCAGAGCCAGGCGCGGCGGGCAAAGAAGAUCACGGAGCCGCAGCUGGUCAACGGUCGGCUGCGGCCGAUUCACAAGGGCUGGCACCGAGCCGAGGAGGAUGCGCCGUACCGGUUCACGUACUUCAACGAGGAGUUUCAGAGCACGAUCCACAGCCAGACGAUCUCAGAGCUAGUGCAGGCGGGCGGCAGCUUCCGCGAGCUGUUUGUGCCGGAGCCACCACUAUUAUCAGAUUCGGAUGGCGAAGGAGACGAGGAGGAGGCAGCAGCAGGGGCGGGUGGCGACGAAGACCUCAUGAGCAUGGAUGAGGGCGAGGCCGGGCCGGAGGGAAGAAGACACCGGGAGGGACGCCGAGAGGGGAAGGAACCGACAGCCGGGCUACACCGGGAUAGCUUCAGCCUGCCGUCAGAUGCACAGCAUCUGUUUCCGAGCCGGUCGCAGUCGAUGAGCAAGGGGGGGAGUGCAGAUAGGAGGGGAGGGUAUUCGCCAAGCGGACUAGCCGGCGGAUUGGGAUUUAGAUCCGGGCCAGGACCAGGAUCAGGAUCAGGAUCAGGAUCAAGAUCAGGAACGCGGUCGCCGGCAACGCUCGCCCUGUCAGACCGACAGGACACAAUGGGAACGACGACGGCAACGCUAAUUGGCACGACGAUGACGCGGACGAUGAGCGAGAGAGAGCGGCUGAAGGCGGUCGAGACAGCGACAUCCAAGGCCGAGGACGCAACGGCAGCGGCAGCGACGGCAGCAUCAGCAGCAGCAGCAGCCGUGGGGACGCUGACGGGAGCGUCGUCAGCCGUGCCGGGACCAGCAACGACAACGUCGACACCGACACCAGGACGCGGCACGGACGAAGAGAAGGAGCGGACAGCACGGUACGGCGAGCGGCCGGUGUGGUGGCUGGACGUGCUGAGUCCGACGGAAGCAGAGAUGCGGGUGCUGUCGAAGACAUUUGGCAUCCACCCGUUGACGGCAGAGGACAUUGUGAUGCAGGAGCCACGGGAGAAGGUGGAGCUUUUCCAGCACUACUACUUUGUCAGCUACCGGUCGUUUGACCAGGAUCCGAACAGCGAGACGUUUCUGGAGCCGGUCAACAUGUAUGUGGUGGUGUUCCGGGAGGGCGUGCUUAGUUUCCACUUCAGCAUGACGCCGCACCCGGCCAACGUGCGGCGGCGGAUCCGCCAGCUGCGGGACUACAUGCUGCUGUCAUCGGACUGGGUGUCGUACGCGAUCAUCGACGACAUUACGGACGUGUUUGUGCCGCUGAUCCAGAACAUUGAGGACGAGGUGGACGACAUUGACGACGCGAUCCUGCAGAUGCACUCGUCCGUAGGCGAAGGCGACCAGGCGACCCGGACACGGGCCAGCGGGCUGACCGGGCUGAGCGGACUGAGCGGACUGCGGCCGAGCACGUCGGGGGCCAGCGAGAAGAACGACGACCCGACGCCGGCGCAGCGAGCCGAGACGGACUCGGACAUGCUGCGGCGAGUGGGAGCGUGUCGCAAGCGGGUGAUGGGGCUGUACCGGCUGCUGGGCAACAAGGCGGACGUGAUCCGCGGGUUUGCCAAGCGCUGCAACGAGCACUGGGAGGUGGCGCCGCGUUCGGAGAUCGGGCUCUACCUGGGCGACAUCCAGGACCACAUCGUGACGAUGACGUCGAAUCUGAGCCACUACGAGAAGAUCUUGUCGCGGUCGCACGGCAACUAUCUGGCCCAGAUCAACAUCCGCAUGAACGAGCGCCAGGAACAGACGGCCGACGUGCUCGGCAAGCUGACUGUGCUCGGCACCAUCGUGCUGCCCAUGAACAUCAUCACCGGGCUCUGGGGCAUGAAUGUCUGGGUGCCCGGCCAGGACCACGAUGGUGACCUGCGCUGGUUUGCCGCCAUCACGGCCGGCUUACUCUUCUUUGGCGUCGCCUGCUACCUCAUCGCGAAGCGCGUCUAUCAGAUUGUGUGA